ACACACACACGCUCCAGGCUGGAGUUUGCUCAGUAACAUAAGUGGAGGUGGGAGAGGAGAGAGGCGACAGAGCGCAGGAGGUUUCAGACAGAGAGGAGAGUCUUUGGAGGGAGCUUCGUCCCUGGAGGUCCACUGCACCUGCUGCCACACGGAACCAACACCCCGCUCCAUGUCCGGAGGCCUCUCUAUGGACCACUGUCUCCUGCCUCGGUCCAUGUGGACCGGGGACUGUAAAUUCCUCCAGCAUCCAACAGAUCUCAACAGCAGCGUGGUGGUGACGCGCAGCAUCCCUGCAGGCACGUGCUUCGGUCCGUGCCUGCUCCAAAACACUUUCUAUGACACCAUCGCCUUCAUAGCGCAGAAGUGCUGCGACAAGACGUCCAAAUCCUACAUGUUCKGGGUCGACCCAGAGGCUUUGCGCAACUCUGCUCUGGUGCUGUCUUGGUUGCGGCUCGUGCAAGCUGCGCGCAACGGAGAGGAGCAGAACACGGAGGCCUUUCUGAAGGCGGGUCAGCUGUAUGUGAGGACCACCCGGGACAUCCGGCCAGAGGAAGAGCUGCUGGUGUGGUACGACCAGGAGCUGUCUCACCUGCUGGGCUUCACCGAUACGAUCAAAGGCCUAGAAGAAUUCAAAUGUGGACGGUGCCACCAGGUGUUCCAAAAUGAGAACCCCUUCGUGGCUCAUUGCAGAUUUCUGUGCACUCAAGCGAAAUGCGACACCUGGAGCCGUGAAGUUCACGAGCACAAGCACGUGGAAGUSAAAAGGCAACGCCGAGUGACAGAUUUCCACAACAUCGCCAGAGAUCUGGAGCAGAAAACGUCUGGCACCGACGAGGACGCGGCGGGCUCCUCCAGAAGGAGGAAGAGCGAGGAGACUCUGCUCUCCAAGUGGCGCAAAACCGUCCUGCUGGAAAAAACGAACAUUUCGAACGACGAAAACGUUACGCAAGCAGCGAAGGGCCACGAGCAGGGGGCGGGAGACUCCUCCUCCACUGGGAAACUGAAAGCCGAAAGGGUCAGAGCGGUUCAUGCGGGACGCAGAAGUGCUGAUUUGGCUGAAGGUGGGGAAGUCAGCGGGGCUUUUACGCACGGCAGGGAGGUGGAUACGCGCUUGGAGACAGGGGAGGGGUCUGGUGUUCGUUCUGGCAGCGGCAGCAGCGCAUUUUCUGUGGUUCUGUCAAACAGCCAGCAGGGCGAGCAGAAAAGCGCUUUUUGUAAACCGAGUAAAAGAACUGCCCCAGRGGAGCCACAGACCCACCUCAGCAGCGCUCCGACAGCCCCCUCUAGCCGCCUAGAUGAGAUGGCUGAUGGUUUCACCAGCAGCACCGUUCUGGGCUACAACAAUCUGAUGGCGACCAGCAUCCUAAGCGCUGACGUGCACGCGCUGGGCUCCUCGGUGCCAUUAAGCAACGCUUUCCAUUACGCACCGGAGCACUGGGCCAGGAACUUUGGCGCGCAGCUGCAGACCACAGCUUCCCUCACCAUCCUCCCGCCGACGUUCACCUCGUUCGGCGUGUCGGUGCAGAACUGGUGCGCCAAAUGCAACCUUUCCUUCCGCAUGACCUCUGACCUGGUGUUCCACAUGCGCUCCCACCACAAGAAGGAGUUCGCGUCAGAAUCUCAGGUGAGGCGCAGGAGGGAGGAGAAACUCACCUGCCCGAUCUGCCACGAGUACUUCAGAGAGAGGCACCACCUGUCCAGACACAUGACUUCUCAUAACUAAAGGAGGGGGCAACAAAUUUAUUUAUUUUCCUAAAUAAUGCCCGUAUUUAAUCUUUGAAUGACUUUGAAUGAAUGUAGUUGAAUAGCCAAACUYUCAGCCAACACGGUUUGUCCACUAGAUGACGGCAGAGUUUCACCAAAUUUGAUCUCACUGCAUUUUUUUGGUUCCCUGUUAAGCGGAUUAUUUUGUGUGCCUUAUGGAACUCAGAAGGGAAGAAACAGAGAAAUCUCCAGGAUAGAAUAUGAUUGUCAUAACUGUUUAUUUUAUUAUUUUUACUUUGUGCAGGAUGUGUGGUUUGAGUCAGCUUGCACAUUUGUUUAAAAAAAAAAAACAAGUUAUGAAAAUGAAAUAGUGUGUUGAGUAUUUUUUCCCCCACAGGCUGCUUCCAAGAUCAUAAAGAAAAGUAUACAGCUUUA